AUCUACCUUUCCAUUAACGAGAAAUUCAACACAGCUCGAGCCCAUUAUGACGUCUCUUAGAGCAAAGUUCCAGUCGCGAUCCUGGCAAAAGGAUCAAUUCACCAUCUCAACAGAUCCCAACCUAUUCCCUAUCUCCCAACUCUCAGAUAUCUUUAAUUCGAGCGAGUUCUAUUGGGCCAGUGCACUAUCACCCGAAGCCUUCAAAGAGGCACUUCACAACUCCCUGUCCUUCGGCAUCUACGACUCGGCUCAAUCACCCAGCCCAGAAUCGCCAGGCAAACUGAUCGGCCUCGCUCGGUUGGUGACAGACUUUGUUACUUUUGCGUAUCUUACAGAUGUAUGGGUUGAUCCGACAUACCAAGGCAAGGGUUUGGGGAGCUGGCUUGUUCGUUGUAUCCAAGAAACACUGGACGAGAUGCCGGAUCUGCGACGAGCGAUGCUGCUCACGGGAGAUUGGGAGAGGUCUGUGCCGUUCUAUGAGAGGCUGUUGGGUAUGAGCUUGGUUGAACCGAAGAGGGGUGAAGGACUUGCUGUUAUGGAGAGUAAGGGAAGAGGUCAUCCAACUUAUGGAAAGACAGGUCUAGGGUAUGACUGAGUGUGAGUCUUUAAUAUUAUGUGUGUACUGCAUGUAACUAAUAUUUAUCUGAGAGAGUUUAGAAACUGGAAUACUCACAGCUUCUCAUUCUCGAAAUUCCAUAUAGAAAAGUAUUGUAUUAUUCUGAAAAACAUUAGCAAGUGUUAGGAAUUAGUUUGUUGCU